AUGAAAUUGAAGACAGAUGAUGAUUGGAUGGUAAGAGUAGUAUGUGGAGUGCAUAACCAUUCCGCGGCAUUAUAUAUGAAGGGUCAUUCAUAUGUCGGUAAGCUUUCUACGGUUGAAAAUGAAAUAUUGGUAGAUAUGUCAAAGAAUUUGGUGAAGCCACGAAACAUCUUAUACACGUUAAAGAACAGGGAUCCGAACAACGUGUCCACCAUUAAAACUAUAUACAAUGCAUGCCAGAAGUUUCGAACAACAGAGAAAGCUGGUAAAUCCCAAAUACAACAACUUAUGUCAUUCCUACACCAGUACGAGUACGUUUUCUUUAAUCGAAGCAAUGCUCAGACUAAUGAGCUUGAAGAAUUAUUCUUUACACAUCCAGGUUCGAUAGAACUAUUGCGUGCAUUCCCGCAUGUGUUAUUGAUGGAUGCUACAAAUAAAACUAACAGGUUCAGGAUGCCUCUAUUUGAGAUUGUGGGCGUGACUUCAACGAAGAUGACAUUUUGUGUAGGAUUUGUUUUCCUGCAAUCAGAAAAGGUGGACAAUUAUACUUGGGCGCUGAAUUGUUUGCAGUCAACAAUGGAUGAAUCCACUUUUCCUAGAGUUAUUGUCACUGAUAGAGAUUUGACAUUGAUGAGGUCGUGUGCCCAAGUAUUUCCCGAGUCGAUGAAACUGCUUUGUAGAUGGCACAUCGACAGAGCUGUUAUAUCCCACUGUAAAAAAUCAUUUCGAGACAAGGAAUCUUGGGAUUCAUUCUACUCCACGUGA